GAUGGCUUUGAGGUCCUUCCCACCCAAACCAUCCUGGAAUUCUGUGAUUCCCUGAUUUGGGCCAUGGACCAGCAGGGCUGAGAGAUGCUGCUGGGGGCUGACACGGGCCCGGCGUCCCUGCUGUGACAAGGACCUGGUUCCAGGAGUUUCCAGGGGACUGUGUUUCCUGUGUGCCCAUUGCAAGGCACUAGAGCAGGAGGAGAGGUUAAUUACAGCCUGUGCUAAUUGCAUCCAUGAAAACACCUCAUGCAACACAACCCCUGGCUGCCAAGUGGGCCAAGGGCUGGCACCUCCUGCAGCCCGGGCUGGAAGCAGCGGGUGGCAGAGCUCAGCCCCCCAGGCUCUGUGGGGACCUUGGGGACAGAUGCUGGGCCUUGGGAGGGGAAGGGCAGAGGGGCUCCUGCUGCACAAAUUGAGCAGGGCUGGGGAGCACUGGUGCCACAUUCCUGCUGUCAUUCCAGGUGGGAGAUGUCUUCCAAUAAUCUGAUGCUCUGCAAGAUGAGGUUUGGGUGCUAGCAGGUGACUGUGACCAGCCUGGCUGGGAUGUUGGCCAUGGACCAGGAGCAGCUCCUGCUGCCCCCACCAGCUGAGAGUCCCUUUCCCAGGGCUGGCAUCCCCAUAGCCAGCAGAGAUUCCCAGGACAGGGACACUUUUGCGCGCAGCAGAUCGGAUCUUACCAGUCUGGAGUCACUGCAGUGGCUCUUAACAGCCCAGGAGGGCCCUGUCAGCGCUGACACCUCGGGUGACUCAGGGUCCUGCCGUGACUCAUGGCCACUCUCCACCCUUGGAGGGGUGUCCUGCUUCCACCUGAGCCGCUCCAUCCCCAGGGAUGAGAUCCACACCGAGCCUUUCCCUGGGCCAGCCCCAGCCGCCCACGCAGGAUCCUCCUGAUUCACCUGCCACGCUCCUGGCAGCCCCAGCCACUCGCUCGGAUCCCAUCCCAGCCGUGGGCUGAGCUUGGGGCGGCCCCAUGGACGUGCUGCUGCUCCACGGGCUGCUGCUCCUGCCCCUGGCAGCGCUGCUGCUCUACAGGUGCAGCCCCCAUUUCCAGUACCUCUGCAAGGUGGCCUUUUUCAACUGCUGGAUCGUGGCCAUGGCCACCCUGCUGUCCCCCUUUGCCGCCUUCCGGGGACGCUCCGUGGACAACAUGAAGCUCCUGCGCGCCGCGCUCCUGCCCCUCAAGCGCUUCUACGGCAUCAGGAUGCGGGUGAGGGGCGCGGAGCAGCUGCAGCUGCAGGGGCCCUUCGUGAUCGUCUGCAACCACCAGGCUUCCCUGGACCUCAUGGGAAUGGUGGAGGUGAUUCCCGAGCGCUGUGUGCCCAUUGCCAAGCGGGAGCUGCUGUACCUGGGCACGGUGGGCUGGGCCUGUUGGCUCAGUGGCAUCAUCUUCAUCGACCGCCACCGCAGGGACACGGCCAUCGAGGUCAUCUCCCACACUGCCAGCACCAUGCGGCAUGAGAACCUCCGUGUGUGGGUUUUCCCCGAAGGCACCAGGAACCCUGGCAAAUCCAUGCUGCCCUUCAAGCGUGGGGCUUUCCACCUGGCCGUGCAGGCGCAGGUUCCCAUUGUUCCCAUUGUGAUCUCCCCAUACUGGGACUUCUUCAGCUCCAAGGAGAAGAGAUUCACCUCUGGGACCUGCACCAUCCGAGUCCUUCCCAGGGUGGAAACGCGGGGCCUGAGCCCAAAGGAUGUCCCCGAACUGACCGAGAGUGUCCGCCAGGCCAUGGCUGAGGCCCUGGCCGAGAUGUCCAUGAGUGACCACGAAGACCAGGCCACGGAGCAGUCUCUGCUGGGGCUGGGGGACAACAGAGGCAGGCCCCAGGGCCAGGGGGACACAGCCAGGAAUGGCAAAUAGGCAGAGGGAGUGAGUCCCUCGGGCACAGCAGGGAGGUGUCCCUUGUCCCCUGAGGAGGUGUCCUGCAGCCCUGCCACCGCCCCAGCAGGACGGUGCCCUAAGGGGAGCAGAGCAGGGCAGGAUGGGACCAGGCAGCACCCCCAAAACAGAGCAAGGUGCCCCUGAAACCCCUCGUUGUGACUGUGCAUCCCCUCGAUGUCUCUGCUGGACGUGGAGCUGUGGCUGUCCCCAGGAUGGCUCCUGCCUGCUUGCUGGGCAGGGCAGAGAUACUCCAGGCAGGGCUGAGGGUUCCCAGCCCCAUUUCCCACCCCUGAUUGUUGGGUUCCCCCAUGGAUUCUCCUUCCAAAGGCUCCCAUAAGCUGGAAAUGCUGCUUGGGUGCAGUCAGCUCUGGGGAGGGGCCCGGAGUGUGUGGCCUGGGGGACACACGAGGUCCAGGGGAGGUUGCCUGGAGGGGCAGAGCAUCCUUGGAGCUGAGCUGUGAGCCAAGGGUGGGACAUUAAAGAGUCUGGAGCUGGUGCUGUGUCCUGGCUGUGCUGAGGGGAGCGGGAUCCAUCUCCUCAGGGAGACUUCACCCCUGCACAUGGGGUGUCCCCACAGCUUCUUCAGGGGUGGUUACACUUCAGGGUGAGGGUACACUGCUCUGGGUCUGUCCCUGAGGUAGAGCUCUCCCUCCAUCAGUAAAUACACAAGAAGAGCAUCCACUGUAGCCUCAAAUUCCCAGCAACACCUGGAUUGUGCCCACCUGGACACAAUCCCAUCUGGAGGUGCCUUUCCACGGCCUCUGGACCACGAUCCAACAAGCUGGAUGGUUCCCUGCAGCUGGGCAGGGAUUUGGGAUCUCCUGGCUCCUUCCCAUCUGAGCAGCUCCUGAGCCAGCACCCCAGGGUGGCAGCAGGACAGGGACAGGGCAGCGUGUGGCUGCUCCCUUGUGGAGAGCAGGAUGGGCAAGAUUUCCCCUCCCAUCCUGGGAUAAAAGGUGCAAACCACAGGUACAGAGCUCCAGUUUGGCAUCUUUCCUGCUCUCAGGAGCAGCUGGAUUAUGGAGGAAAUCCUUCAAAUCUCUUGCAAUCAUCUGACACCAAACAGCAAAGAGGCUUCCCAUGAGGAACAACCCACGGGAUCAGGACAUGUCACAUGGCCAAGGGCACAGGAAGGGUCCAGAAAACCCCCUUAAAUCCUUUCCUGCUUCCCAGGAUUCCCAACAUGUGGCAUGGUCUGUCAGCUCUGAGCUGGAGUGGGGUCCCACCACAGCCCCACCACCUUGGGGGUGGUUUGGCUGCCCAAAGUUUGGGUUUGGGGUGUUAAGCAU